UAGUAGGUUUAAAAUUUGUUUGGUCUACUUUCAGAAAAAUGCAUUUCUUUCUCUAGCUUGAAUUUUAAAACUGGAAUUGGAAGGACCUGUAGCAAACAAACACACAUAAAGAUUUCAGAUCUAACCUCCUGGUUUUACAGUUUCAAAGCUCAAAUCUAAAUUUGAAGAAUGCAAAUUUAUGUUUCUGCAAACUUCAGUCUAGACGCAAACUAAAGAAGAAGCAGAAGUGAUAUUAAAUAAAAAUAUUGUGAAAAAUAAAUUUAAAAAAACUUAUUUUUAAAAUUGUGAGUUGUAAUAAAUUUUGGAAAAUGGUGACUUUUCAGCGAAUGAGAGAGGAUUUUGACGAUUUAUCAAAUCAGGUGAGCGCGAAGGUUCCUGGCCGUCCUGUUUUCUGGUUGAUUAUAUCCGUUUCACUAGUUCUUAUUCUUCUUAUAGGAUUCGGGAUAGGGUUCGGGUCCAGGGCAGGAGGAUAUUGUAGUGGUGCUGCAGGGUGUAGUGAAGGAUCUCUACCUGUUUAUUAUUUUUUAUCAAAUAAAAGUGAGAGCUGCCCCGCCCUAUAUGGGGAACGCCUCUUGACAACCCUGGCAGAGGGAAACAGCUUUGAAGGAUUAAGUGUAAAUCUGCAAUGUUCUGGGGAUUAUGUACCCUUCCCUCUACAAGUUAAAUGUAUGAGGCGUCAGAUAAUGAAUGGAGAAAGUGUAUUGGAGUGGAGCGGACUACCUGUCUGCUAUCCAGCUAUGCUGGUCACCCCGCUCCAUUGGAGCAAGAUCAAGCAUGCUAGAUCAGUUUCUUGUGUUGGAAACUCCCAGGAAACAGUCUGUUCCCUGCAAUGUGUUCAGGACUAUAUAGCAGUAGAGCAGAGUAAACAUAUGUGCCAGGACAUUCCGUGCCGGGCCUGGACUCCUGAAGGCCGGCAGUGCUACUUCUGUGACCAGAACUGUACCGAGCUAGCUGAAGCCAAGGAUCCCAAACCUAGUGAUUUACUGAGGAAGCUAUCCUGUGAUGAGGAUUGUGAACAGAUAGUUGUGAGUUCUGAUGGAAUGGCAGCUGUCUGGCAGAAUAAGAGAACCGGAAUAUUCCGGUUUAUCGGGGAGCACAACGGUAGACCGGUUUAUCAAAACAAUGCAACCAAGGAGUAUCUUUACUACACUUUUACAGGGGCAGAAUGGUUGGUUGGACCAGACUUCAGGAAACCCCAUGCAGGUAUCCAAGUAUUCCAGAACGAUGAUAAAACCUGCCCAGAGCGCCAUGGUGGAGAUAACAUUACUAAACUGUACAUAGAUUCCAGCAAACCAGUCCCACUAGGGGACAGUAUGUGGCAAAAUGAUACAACAAUAUCUUUUCAGUGUUACAAACCAAACUUUUUAAAGACAACAAACUGUAAGUGCACAGAGUACAAGGUGUACAACACCGUGUAUGAGACGGGUAUGGAGGUUCCUACCCAAGUUGAUUACUUCAGCGGAAUAUACAGCAAAGAGGAGAAUACAGAUAAUACUUUUGGGCUUCUAGCUCCUUUAUAUAUUAAUAAGGAAAAGAAUCUGUAUCUAUUCUCUCACCAUAUUGCGGGGAAAGUUUGGCAGAUGUCGGAUAAGAUGACGACAACUCCAUUGAGAGGAAUAUUCUCCCGGACUCCGGCCUGUCCAGACUCAGAGGAUAUAAGUUGGGAAUGGUAUAAUCUAACCACCCCAACAGGACAACAGCUUUAUGUGGAGGAUUAUCACAUUAAGGUUAAAUGUAUUUCACAUGGGCAUGGAGCAUGAUUGAGCAAAACCAGGUUUUCCAAGAAAGAAAAUGCUUAACGAAAGAAAAUUACAAACAUAUCACCAUGAACAUGAUGAAACUAAAACAAAAAUUUAUUUCGGCAUUAAAAAAGCUAGACAGGGAUAUGGAAACUAGGUCUGUUAAAUGACAUUAAAACAUGGAGACUGGGUUUGCUUACAUUUUGUAUCAGGACAGCUCAGGAACUUGUAUUUAUUGUGAACGACAAGAAAUAUUUUUAAACAA